UAAACAGAUUUCUCAGUUCGUUACUGAAUAAAACGCAAUGGUAUUUAUUACACAGGGCCCAGAUGGUUGUGUGCUCACAGAUUAGCAAGAGUUGGUGUACCUCAAUUUCUUCCUGAAAAUAAGCAUAUUCGACUGAUCUUGAGAAUUGUAACAAGGAGCAAAUGAAUGCAUGUUUGCUACUGAGGUUAUUGGACAUGGGAGAGAUCGGCCUCAGUCCAACCUCACUGUACUUUUCCUGUUUCUUCAGACCUUCUUCUCAACCCAGACCCUGGUAGGGGCAUCCAGCACCUUUCAGUUCUUCUUCUCUGAGGCUUUCAUGGGUCAGCACUUCCAGGAGGUGGAGUUAGAAAACUGCGAGCCCGAGCCUGGAGACCUGUUCCUGUUCAAGUUGCGGUCCCCUAAGGCACAGUGGUGCGGGGCCCACGUGGGUGUUUACUGCGGCCACGGAGAGAUCAUACACUUUGAGGGCAGGUCCUCCAGCAACAGUGGAAUACAAACGUUUCUGGGUUACUGUGAGGGUGUCGUGUGUAAACAGGGGCACCGAGCUCUGCAGCGCUCCAGACAGCUCUGGCGUGUGCUACGCAGACGCGGUGGCGUCGACCCUAGGCUGCUGGAAAGCCGCGUGCAAGAAGCCAUGAACAAUGAUCCUCCUCCCUACCAUCCCACUAGCAGCAACUGUGUGCACUUUGCACUGAACCUGUUGGGCUUGGACUCAAUGUCAAUGUACAGGAACCUAACCAGGGAUUAAUGUGACCGUGGGCUCUCCUGCAUGGGCCAGAAGAGGCUCCAGAAGGGAUCAUUAAAGUAUUUCCCAAACAUAAUUAGGAUAUUAGAGGUUCUCUCUACUCCACCUGGAACUGCUUUGCUCCCAGAAUGCCCUUAGCACUUGCUUCCUGGGUUAACCUGCCCUUAAAUUCCACCUCUUCCAGGAAGUUGCUACGCUUCCCAGUGAGUAAGCAGGUUAUCCUUAGAGGGAUUUAGGGUGUAUGAAAAAAGUUGGAAGGGCACCCACCCUUAAA